CACCCCCCGCCCCUGCCGCUGGAGCUGUUACUCAGAUUGCUGAUGGACAAAUUCAAGCUCCCUCCGCUGUCGGGGCCGCCACUGGAUUUGAAGGCAUCGCAGCCAAUCCCGCAGUAAAUGUUGCCAAUGUAGUUGUUCCUCAGACACCCCAACAAUGUGGUGCACCUGAACCGGAAGCCAUUGUUUCCGAAGCCGCUGUCCCUGAAGCUGCCGCUCCUGUCGCUCCCGUCGCUCCUGCCGUUGGAGCUGUUACUCAGAUUGCUGAUGGGCAGAUCCAAGCCCCUCAAAAGCGCUCUAUCCUCAAAGUCCGUCAGAAUGGCCUUCCGGUCCGGGUCACCCUUGAGAAGGGUGUCUUGACCGACCACCUCGGACGUACUGGGUACAUCGCUGACAACCGUCAGCUCCAAUUCGAUGCUCCUCCUCAGGGUGGUGCGAUCUAUACUGCUGGGUUCUCCGCAUGUCCCGAUGGAAGUUUGGGCUUGGGUGGUAGCAACGUCUUCUACGCUUGUGGAAGCUCUGACUUCUCCAACCUCUAUGACACUCCGAUCUACCCGGACAACUGCCAUGAAGUCUACUUGAUGCUCGGUUAAAUUUAGCGCAAGGCUGAGAGUAGAGCAUAAGAGAGAAAAGGAGAAGAUAAAUAUGGAUGGAAACAAAAUAAGUUAUAU